AUGCUCCACGCCCUGGGCAGCUGGAGGAGCAACUGUGCGUGCUCUGCGGAGGGCCGCCGAAUCAUGUCGAUGAGCCCAAAGCAUACGACUCCUUUCUCAGUGUCUGACAUCUUGAGUCCUUUGGAGGAAAGCUACAAGAAAGUGGGCAUGGAGGCCAGUAACUUGGGGGCUCCCCUGUCAGCCUACAGACAGUCUCAGGUUUCUCAGCCGGCCAUGCAGCAGCACCCCAUGGGCCACAACGGAACAGUGACUGCCGCCUACCAUAUGACAGCGGCAGGGGUCCCCCAGCUCUCCCAUGCUACGAUGGGGGGCUAUUGCAAUGGGAACCUGGGCAACAUGAGCGAGCUGCCGCCUUACCAGGACACCAUGAGGAACAGCGCUUCGGCGACAGGAUGGUACGGCACCAACCCGGAUCCCCGCUUUUCCUCAAUCUCCCGCUUCAUGGCGCCGUCCUCGGGCAUGAACAUGGGAGGCAUGGGAAGCCUCGGCUCCCUGGGAGAUGUGAGCAAGAGCAUGGCCCCGCUCCAGAGCACGCCGCGGAGGAAACGGAGGGUCCUUUUUUCGCAGGCCCAGGUUUACGAGCUGGAGAGACGUUUCAAACAACAAAAAUACCUCUCCGCCCCGGAGAGGGAACAUUUAGCCAGCAUGAUACAUCUCACCCCGACUCAGGUCAAAAUCUGGUUCCAGAAUCACCGCUACAAGAUGAAACGCCAGGCCAAAGACAAGGCUGCGCAGCAGCAGAUGCAACAGGAGAACGGCUCCUGCCAGCAGCAGCAGUCUCCCAGAAGGGUGGCAGUGCCAGUGCUUGUGAAGGAUGGCAAGCCCUGCCAAGCAGGCUCCAACACACCCACAGCAGCUAUCCAGAGCCAUCAGCAGCAGGCAGCUACAACGAUCACAGUGGCUACCAAUGGCAACAGCCUCGGACAGCAUCAGAGCCACCAGACAAACAGUGCGGGGCAGUCUCCAGACAUGGGACAGCACUCGGCCAGCCCUUCCUCUCUGCAGAGCCAAGUCUCCAGUUUGUCUCACCUAAACUCUUCUACUUCUGACUAUGGCACUGCCAUGUCUUGCUCCACCUUGCUAUACGGUAGGACCUGGUAAAAGGAUUAAACAAAGAAAAAGAAAAAAAAAGGCAAAAAGAAAAAAAGAAAAAAAACCAACAGAUUUUCCCAGUUACA